AUGACUACAAUUCCACCCUUGUCGGAUUUUUUGAAUGUGAUGUUCACGGGAGAACAUCUUUUUGAAAUAAUCAGAUUGGGGAACUCAGCUAGAAAACGGCUAGCAAUUGUAACUGCAAGUCAUGGACAGUGCGAAAUCCCCCCUUAUCUUUGGUUCAUUCAUCCUCGCUAUCUCAUACAGUUUGUCGCACUCGGACAACAAGCUCAAAUGGACCAGGAUGCUCAACGUGUGAUUGGACUAGAAGAUGCGAUGCGUGUAUUAUCAUUUGAACGCAAAUCCAGAAGUUUCCAUACACCCAUUUCAGACUUUUCAUCUACACCGGCAACAGCAAAACCUAUAACCCAAGAUAUGACUACCACUGGACAUAGCCAUGGUAUCACCAGUGACCUACGAGUGUUGAAAGGCAAAGAAUAUGUAACUAUGGAUGUCGCUAUCUGGAUAAUCGAUCAUCUACGGUGUGUGGAGGGGUAUUGUACAAGAUGUAGUCACGGUGUUACUGUGAAUGAGUACGGAGGAGGCUACUUUCACAGUACGGACAUUAGCAAUACAACGUCAGAGGCUCACACAGAUAUAAAAGCCGACUAUGCUAUCACAUACAAUUCACAAGGUGGUCUGUCGCUUUAUCAGAUGUAA